GCUUCGGUUUGGAACCUAAAAACAAAUAAAUAUACGUUGGAGAAUUCCUUCGUGUUAUCAAACUUCAAGUUCUCUCCUUUCGAUCAUCAUGGACGUGGGGGAGUCCUCUUUCGCAAAAUCAAAAUCCUCUUCGGAAAUCUGGGCUAAGCUUGUAUCCUUGGAUUCAAGAUAUGAAGAUGUCGAGAUUAGCUCAAAGGAAGUUGUGAUAAAAUCAGAAACCAAAAGCUCUUCUCAAGAAAAGCACGAAUGGUGCAAAAUAACGAGGAAUCCAGAUCAAUUUUCUGCCACAAUGCAAAACAAGAGUUCAAAUUUAAUACUGGUUGAUGAAGUUGUUGUCCAAAGUGAAGAUGUUGUUGACAUCAAAUGUGGUGCUGAAGUAAUUGCAGGGCCUAAUAAAGAAGGAUAUUUGAACUACAAAUUCAAAGUAAUGUGCAGCCAAGAAUCCAUCAAGCAGAAGUUAAAGAUAAGUAUAGAUAUUGAGCAUGCAAAAUGCAGCAUCUGCUUGAAUAUAUGGCAUGAUGUUGUUACCAUUGCUCCUUGUCUUCAUAGCUUCUGCAACGGAUGCUUCUCGGAGUGGUUAAAGAGAUCACAGAAGAAACAAAGAGGUGUGCUCUGUCCCCAGUGUAGAGCAGUUGUACGGUUUGCUGGAAGAAAUCAUUUUCUGCAUAACAUUGAGGAGGGCUUACUACAAGCUGAUCCUUUGCUAAGACGUUCUGAUGAAGAAGUUGCAGUUUUAAAUUCCUAUGCAACUAUAAAAUCAAAUCUUGUCAUUAGGAGUGGAGAAAGACAAAAUAGAAAGAGGGCACAUUUUUCUAUGGAUGCGAGAAGUGACAGUGAAGAUGGUAAUGUGGACAUUGAUGGUGAGGAAAGUGAUGAUGCAGGGCCUCAUUGCCCACAAUGUGGCACUGAGAUUGGUGGAUUCCGGUGCAACCCUAACACCAUCCAUUUACAAUGUCAAGCUUGUGGAGGAAUGAUGCCUUCCAGAGCUGAUAUUAAUAUAGCACAGCACUGUUUGGGAUGUGAUAGAGCAUUUUGUGGUGCAUACUGGCAAUCUCAAAGGCUUGCUAGAAGUGACAUUCAGCUUGUAUGCAGUCAAGAAACAUUCAAACCGAUAGCAGAACGGACUAUCAGUAGAAUUCCAGUGCAGGCACAUGAAAUGAAUCAACAUGAACAAGAUAUCACAGAUAGGUGUAUCAGACAGGCAGGCAGAACCUUGAAGGAUGUUAUUGCAGAUUGGAUUAGAAAGCUGAACAAUAGAGAAAUUGAUAGAACAAGGCUGCAGCUGAAUCAUGCUGAGAUGAUAUCUGCUGGGACGCAUCUUUGCAACUGGAAGAAUGCCAUCAUUUCUGUUUUCCUCAAUAUUCCUUCUCCCUCGAAAUGUUCCUUAGUUGAGCUUAGCUCAGUACCAACAGCCAAUACCAUUGCCCUUAUGCUGUCUCAAGUCCAUGACAGAUUUAUCAUAUUUUUUGACAAUGACAUCUAAGAAUCUUCUUUUCAAUGUUCAAGAUGUUAUUCACUUAUUCAUAUUCUUUGGGAUGAUAAUAAUUUUGUGUACUGCACCGUCUAUGUUCUGUAAAUGCAGCAACUGUUAUGAAAAGUUGGUCGCUUUCCUUCUAUAUUGGUACAGGAUUUCAUUGCCCAAAUAUCUUUUGCCCUCAGAUGCCAAACAAAGGGAAGAUUGCUGGUAUGGAUAUGCAUGUCGGACGCAGCACCAUAGUGAAGAACAUGCUCGUAAGAGAAAUCAUGUGUGUCGUCCAACUCGAGGCAAC